AGAAUAAAAUAAGCGUGACCCCGGGGUCCGAAGCGGCGACGGAACAAAAGCCGCACCUGACACCUGUCACCGUGACCAACUCCUGUUCCCGUGGCGGUGCCCCCGGUUAGCCCUUCUCCCGUUCGCCGCCACCGCCCCGCUCCUCCGACCGCCCGCCCGCCUCUCCGGUUCCCUCGCCGGCGAGGCCCCUGCUCCUCUCUCUCCGCCCCGACAAGCGAUCCACGAGUUGGAGUUCAGGGAUUCAAGAAGACGCUACUUCUGCAAGCAUGAGUACCAUGAAGUUUUGCCGCGAGUGCAACAACAUCCUGUACCCCAAGGAGGACAGGGACAGGCGCACCCUCUUCUUUGCAUGUCGCAACUGUGAGCACCAGGAGGUCUCUGACAAUAACUGCGUCUAUCGGAACGAGGUGCACCACACUGCUGGGGAGCGAACACAGGUCUUGCAGGAUGUAGCUUCUGACCCAACUCUUCCCAGAACCAAGACCGUCCGCUGCGCUCUCUGUGGGCACGGAGAGGCUGUUUUCUUCCAGGCUACGGCAAGAGGGGAGGAGGGGAUGACCCUGUUUUUUGUGUGCUGCAGCCCUGAUUGUGGUCACCGGUGGAGGGAAUGAUGUGCAGAUUACCUAUCCGUGCCCUUAAUGUAGCAUGCUCUGGAACUUCUAAUCACUAUCCCGUUAGAGCUUGAAACUGAACUUGUAGAACUUGAUCUGUGAUUUUCUUGGAACUUACUAGUCUUCACUUAUCCUAGGGAUAAUGAGAGAAUGCUUGUCCAGUAUUACUUCUAUGUGAUAUGUAGCUGCACGGCAUGGUUGCAUUUGCUUGA